CAAAGGUGGCAACCAAGUGCACUAGUUUUGAGGUAUAAAUACUGAUGUUCGCUUCACGCCGGGCAUCGUCAGCAGCUCCCUCCUCGCAACGCAACGCACCAUGAAAUACCUGUCGCUGAUCUUCCUCGCCGCCGCGGCCGCUGCCCUGCCGACGGACUCCGUUGAGGUGGUGAAGAUUCUGAAGGACCAACGGACCCACGAGGGCGACGGCAACUACAACCUGGACGUGGAGACCGGCAACGGCAUCAUCCUGGCCCAGUCUGGCUCCCCCGGGGGUCCCGAGGGGACCGUGGUCAAGGCGGGGCAGUACUCCUACACCGCCCCUGACGGCACUCCCGUCCAUGUCAAGUUCAUCGCCGACGAAAACGGCUACCAGCCCGAGUCUUCCCUGCUGCCCGUGGCCCCCGAGUUCCCCCACCCCAUCCCCCAGUUCGUGCUGGACCAGAUCGCCUUCGCCGCCGAGGAGGACGCCAAGCGCUCCCGUGAAGACAGAUACGACUAACUCCUCCCCUGCCGCCUCCAAGAAGCUGUUGUCCUCUUAGGCGGUUAUCCAGUGUUCCCAGAUUGUUAUAGUACUCAGAACACUGAAUUAGCCAGUUCCUCUCUCUCUCUCUCUCUCUCUCUCUGGAUCAUAUUCUUAAACGUCUCCGGCUCCCACUACGUCUAUUUUCCAAGGCCACAGAGAAGACUAACCAGGUUUUCAUGGGUGUUUUCCCGUUCAAGAUGCAGACGUCUGGUAAAGCUAUCACUGGCAUCACAAAACAGUCCAACGAGAGGCUGUUCAAACAGGCUCAAAAAACUACCCAUGGAAAUAUUACUAACCCAACCUCUACGAAAGCCUGAUCAGAUGUGUGCCUGUGUGUAAGCCCUGAAAUGCAUGAGACUGUGGACCAUUAGCAUCAUAACAUCCAUCCCAGCAUCACAACCUAUCCAUUGCGAUGUCCCUCAACAAAAGUAAAGUCAACAACAUCAUCAUCAUCAGCAUUACAUUCAUCCCAGAAGCACCAACUUAUAUAACAGAAGUGCGGUCAUGUCAUGUCAUACGGCAGCGGAGAGUAAGCCAAUCAGGUAACGAUGUUCGCCCUCUCCUUCUGUGCGGCAACAAUGAUGAAUAAAUAAAUAUAUACUGAA